AUGAAGACUACUCCCGAGCACACUCAAGACACCGCCAAGCUCGCAUUGUUGAUCGCCAGCCCAUGGGGCAAUCUACAAGGACCAAUGAAUGAUGCUCGCCUUAUGGAGCAGGAGCUCGAAAGUCGGGGGUUCGAGAUCAUCCAAUGUUACGGUGACAGCGCGACUCAGCGCGGGAUCCUCGAUGCAUGGGCCUCGCUGAUCACAAAACUCCGGGACGGAAAGAAGGGCAGAUGCACAGAAGGCCCUGCUGUUGUGAUCUACUACUCGGGGCAUGGUGGGUUGGUACAGCCUUCCAAAGACCAGGAUGAGGGCGGGCGGCAGUACCAAUUCAUUGUCCCCUCAGACUUCAAUCAGGCUGACGACAAUUUCACCGGGAUCCUCGAUAUCGAGAUAAGCCACCUUUUGACUCGCACUACGGAUGAGACUGAGAAUGUCACUGUCAUCUUGGAUUGCUGUCAUUCGGGCCGCAUGGCCCGCGAUCCGUACCAUCCACACGCCACACCGAAAGCCAUUCCGUCGGCCAGCCACCCAGCACUGAGAGCACAUGUGGAGAAGCUCCAAGAGACAGGCCAACUACAAGGGGAUACAUACUUGAACGGGAAUCCCUUCGCUGUACGCGUUACGGCUUCUGCGACCGCGGAAACGGCAUGGGAGUACGAGAAUGAGGAAGGACUCCUUGUUGGCGCCUUGACCCAAGCUCUGGUCACUGCACUUCAAGAAACACCCGUUCAAGAUGUCUCGUGGAGAACCACCUUGCUCAGAGUACGCGAACUCGUGAACUUGGAGUUUCCUCAUCAGCAUCCUCGCGUUGAAGGGCCCAACACGCGUUUCCUUUUUUCGACGAAGGUAAGCGAGGCCAAGUCCCACAGUAUCAAGAUGCAGAAUGGACUGCCGAUCAUCAGAGCUGGCAGGAUGGCGGGAGUGAAAGAAGGAAACGUGUAUACUGUCAUGCCUUUUGGAUACGAGGAGCCUGACGACACCAGCCGACUUUGUCGAGCCAGAGCCGUUCAUAUCGACGGUGUCCGAAGCCUGGUCAAGCUUUUUGAGCAGACGGGACCUAUUCCUUCCGAAGGAGCCUUGGCCUUCCUUGACACCAAGGCUCUGCACCGCUGGACAGUGGCUUAUUCAAAGGACAAUCAGGCAAUCCAUGACAGACUUGAGCAUUCGAAAUACCUCCGCCCGCAUUCCCCGGAUGACUACGAAAAGCCCCUUAUUCGAAUCGUUCAAGAGGAUGGAGCGCUUUGUGCAUAUGACACGGAUGGGACGCUUCUCAUGUCCAGACCAGUCAGCAAAGACAAUCAUGCACUUGCUGCUCGAGAAGUUGUCAAAGGUGCAGAAAGAUAUGCGCGAGGGCAUCACUUACUCACCCUUCAGGGAGGGAGCGGGCCAGAGGCAUUCCAGCAUGAUCUUCAUAUCACUACUGGGCUUGUUCAGAGUGGACAGGCUGUUGAACUGCCAAGUGAUGGCAACGCCGUUCUCACGGAAGGCGACAGGAUCUACAUGGCUUUGCACAACCGCGGGCAUCACGUCGUCUACGUCUCCGUCUUCGAUAUCAGUCCCGCAGGCGAAAUCUGCCUGAUAUCGGCUCAAGGAGAGACAGGGAUUCCAAUCGCACCAGGGCAGACAUCCAGAAUCGGCGAGAGCACUUUCUCAAUCUUGACAGGCUUGGGGAUUUUUUGGCCAGAAUCUAUCCCGAGACGUGGGAGACUGAGUGAGACACUCGUGUUCAUCAUCACCAGUGAUCCUGUGGACUUACGACAUCUCGAAGACCAAGGCACUGGGGCUCGGGGGUAUGACCAGGAUAGAUCACAGCUGGAGUUCAUUACGCAUCACUUGGCUGUUGGAGGAGGCCGACCGGUGCAACCUCAGCGUGAUCUCGCGCCUGUUCAGUACGACGUGAUUCGAUUCCCCUUCUCGCUUGACUCAGUCGCACAAGGCUAG